AUGGCACGGCCAGCCGGGCUUCUGCUCUGGCUGCAAGCCAUCUGCCUUCUCUGCCUCUCCGGCGCCUUUGUCCAGGCGUUUUCGUGGGCUGGAAGCCGUGGCGCAAAGGUCUUGACGGGUCCGCAGAUCAGCCACCACGUUGUUUCUCAGCAGAUCCCAUCCAACGGCAGGUCUUCUUCCAACAUGUACACGACGGCACUGGAUGAGCUCCAGGAGCUCGAGUCUGAGCCUCUGUGUCACCGCAUUGCGGCGCGUCUGCUCGUCAACAACUGUCAGCUACUGGACGGCCGGGACGAAGCGACCGUCUUGACUGACAGUGGGAGAGCCACUCGGGACUUUGUAGAUUUUUUCGCCGCCAGCCUGGCCAUCUGCGACCUGGAGCGAGGUAGCUUUCUCAUCCCUUCGUCUUGCUUCAAGUUCCGAGAACCAGUUCUCGCCGAGAUGCGCAUGCCCUCCAGACCGCACCUUCACGUUUCGCCUGCAGAGAUCGACGGCUGCCUCGAGGGCCUGGGUCAAUCUGAUUCGGCUUGGAACACUUUCAUCAGCUACAGGCACAAGGCGUUGAGGUUCUGCGAGGCUGCACGCGCCGACAACGAGAAAGACCGAAACAUACUCUUGUUCCAAAGAAUUACCAAGGUCAUGGACAGGCUGACAAUGCAGGUAGAAGCGGAGCUUGAAGCCCGACUCGAAGCUCUAAACAAGAUGGUUCGAGACGCCAACACCAACGUGGAGAGCAUCAACCCACAGAUAAACGACCUCAAGUCUGGACUAUCUCAAGUCGAGCAGAUGAUCUCUCAAGUCUUGUCUCAAGGAACACAGCAGGCGGCGACUAGUGCAAACAACGGGCUGCAGAGCGCCAAGAGACUGCAACAGCUGCUGGAGAGGCUUCUUGCAACAGCACUGGAGAGCAAUGAGCGUAUUACGCGCUCUCACGAGUCGGCACUGCAGUUGGUCCACAAACGGGUCGGCGACGACGUCGGGGCUGUCAUGACAACGCUCGGGGCAGCAAUUGCGGCGACAACAGGGCUACAACGAGAAAUUGCUGAGUCGCAGUUUCGAGUCGCCGAGAUCGCCCGAGGGCAAGAGAGAAUCGAGGCUGACAUGCAGAGGCUCUCGGAGCUCGCAAACGCCUUGACCGUGAAGCAGGAAGGACACCAAGAGCGACUCGAACAAGCUCAGCAACAAGCCUUGCAGGUUUUGAAGACCCUGGACUCAGUCUCGGCCACCGCCGUCACGUUCAAAAGCACCUUGCUUGGGGGGCUCGGCUUGACCAAAUGGUGGCCUUAUGUUUUCUGUCCCGUCAUGUCCCUCAUCGUUGGGUCAUAUGGUCUUCCUCCUUCGACCAUCAGAAACAUUGUCCUUGUUGGCAUGGGAGAAGCUGUGGGCUUUCUGAUUUUCGUGGCAAAUCAGUACGGCCUCGAUAUGUUGGAAAGGUCGAUGGCUUCUGCAAACGAGAGCACCACGGUCAUGACAGCGACGUAG